AUGAUCGAGAAUGUCAUAACCCACGCCUUCCCCCCCCCCUCCCCAUGCCUUCCCGCCCCGCAUCCUCAUGCCCACCUCGCCACCAGCUGCGACAACAUCACCAUCGCGCCCUCCCUGCUGUCCGAGCUGGAGGCCAGCACCGACCCGCUGCCGCGCAUGCUCAGCCCCGACGGCGAGCCCAGCAGCGUCGCGCGCGUUGAGGGCAUCGACGCGGCCACUUUUGAGAAGAUGCACGGCUCUGACCAGAUGGCGGUGGAGAAGCUGGCCCAGGGCAUCUCAGGCUUCGCCGCCGACCAGGACAAGCUGGAGGCGCAGCUGGCCGCGCUGGACGGCAAGGCCUGA